UCUCCAAAAUGGCGCCUGCGCCGCCGGUAGGCCAGAGGUGAGUCACGUGGGCCCUCCGGUUCCGCCGCGGCCGAGGCCCGGGUGUUAACAGUCUCCGGCACCAUGUCUCGUUUGUCUGGCCUACAAGUCCAGCGUGGCCCUUGCCAGUUAGCAUUGCUGCUUUUACCUCUCCUGCUCGGCCCCACUUCGGUUCUCGCCAUCUCCUUCCAUCUGCCCAUCAACUCCCGCAAGUGCCUCCGCGAGGAGAUCCACAAGGACCUGCUGGUGACGGGCGCGUACGAGAUCACCGACCAGUCUGGGGGCGCUGGCGGCCUGCGCACCCACCUCAAGAUCACAGAUUCUGCUGGCCAUAUUCUGUACUCCAAGGAGGAUGCAACCAAGGGGAAAUUUGCCUUUACCACUGAAGAUUAUGACAUGUUUGAAGUGUGUUUUGAGAGCAAGGGAACAGGGCGGUUACCUGACCAACUCGUGAUCCUAGACAUGAAGCAUGGAGUGGAGGCGAAAAAUUAUGAAGAGAUUGCAAAAGUUGAGAAGCUCAAACCUUUAGAGGUAGAGCUACGACGCCUGGAAGACCUGUCAGAAUCUAUCGUUAAUGAUUUUGCCUACAUGAAGAAGCGAGAGGAGGAGAUGCGCGAUACCAAUGAAUCAACAAACACUCGGGUCCUAUACUUCAGCAUCUUUUCAAUGUUCUGUCUCAUUGGACUAGCCACUUGGCAGGUCUUCUACCUUCGCCGCUUCUUCAAGGCCAAGAAGUUGAUUGAGUAAUAAGGCCUACUCUCCUCCCACCUUGUAUCUCAGCCAGCAGAACAUCACUGGGACGUGCCUGGCCUAAGGCAUCCUAUCAACAGCACCAUAAAGGCACGUUGGAACUUCCUGGCCAGAACUGAUGUCUCUUGGUGUGGGAGGACAUGGGUUACCACCUACACCCAACAAGUCAUUGAGGGACUUCUUUUUAACUUGAUAGGAUUUGGACUGGUUUUGCAACAAUAGGACUUAAUAGAGUCACCGGUGACAAAAAAUAGGGGCGACCUAGAUAAUGCCAAAGCCAGCAUUUGUACUGGGUUUCCUCAUGUGAUCUGUUUAAACCAUGUUUUCUUUCCUUCUCCCACUUGCUCACCAGCUCGGGCUUCCACUCUAGUUCCUUUACCAAGAUUUGAAUGACCAUGUGGAACUUGUUUUAUUCUCAUUGUCCUCUUUGGAUUUCUGUGUGAAAACACCCUUAACUUUAUCUUAACCAUUAGCUGAAAUGUUUAGAUAGCUUCUGGAGGUAUCCUUUCUUAAUUUUAUGUCUCAUAAAAGGGUGAUGGAUGUGACACCUCAUAGAAAUGAGCUUUGAACUAUAGAUAACUCUUUUUAAAAUUUUUCAUUUUAGAGAAUUAAAACAUUUGUGCUCAAUUGCUUGAAUUUCCUUUUUGUGUAGUUAUGUGUGUUUAGUUCUAUGCAGUUUUAUUACAUAUGUAAAUUCAUGUGACCACCAUCACAAAAUGCAAAACAGUUCCAUCACAGGGAACCCUUGCUACCCUUUUAUAGCUACAGCCACCUCCCUUCCUGACUCCCAAGCCCCAACCUCUGGCAACCACUAAUCUGUUCUCCAUCUCUCUAAUUUUGUCAUUUCAAGAAUGUUAUAUAAAUCAGCAAUCGCCAACCUUUCGGACCUCAUGGACCACCAGUGGUCUGAGGACCACUGGUUGGCAACUGCUGAUAUAAAUGGAAUUAUAUAUUAUAUAUUAUGUAAUCUUUCCAGAUUAACUUCUCUUGUUUGUUUUUUUUCUCACCUAAGGAUAUUUUUUCCAUUGAUUUUAGAGAGCGUGGAAGGGAUGCAAGAAGGGGGAAAGAGAGAAACAUUGAUGUGAGUGAGACACCUUGAUUGGUUGCCUCCCACAUGUUGCCCCAACUGGGGCCAGGGAUCAAACCUGUGACCCAGGUACAUGCCCUUGACCAGGACUCAAACCCACGACCCUUCGUGUGUGGGCUGACAUUCUAACCAUUGAGCAAUACCGACCAGGGCGAGAUUAACUUUUUUCACUCAGCAUAAUGCCCUUGAUGUCCAUGCAAGUUGUUGCAUGGAUCAAUAGUUGGUUCCUUUUUAUUGUGUAGUUGUAUUUUAUGGUAUUGAUGUACCACAGUUUGUUUAUCCAUUUACCCAUUGAAGGACAUUGGGGUCAUUUUCAGUUUUUGGCCAUUACUAAUCUUCUGUGAACAUUCAUGUACAGGUUUUUAUGUGAACAUAAAUUUUCAUUUAUCUGGGAUAAAUGCUCUCGAGGGCAAUUGCUGGGUUGUAUGGUAAGCAUGUUUAAUUUUUUUUAAGAAACCACCCUACUCUUUUUCUAGAGUGAGUGCCAUUUUAUGUUCCCACCAGCAAUGUAUGACCAAUCAGGUUUCUCCACAUCCUCACUGGUAUUUGCUGUUAUUUUUAUUUUAGUCAUUCUGAUAAAUGUAUGUAAUGAGACCUCAUUAUGAUUUUACUUGCAUUUUUCUAAUGGCUAAUGAUGAUGGACAUCUUUUCAUGAGCUUAUUUGCCAUAUAUAUCUUCCUCAGUGAAAUAUCUGUUCAUGUUCUUUGCCCAUUUUCUAAUUAGAUUAUUCUUUAUACUAAUGACUUUUGAGCAUUCCUUAUAUAGCCUACAUAUGGCUCCUUUGUCAGAUAUGUGGUUGCUUGAGUUUUUAACAUAACAUGUACCAAGGAAAAAAUUAGAAAACUUACCAAAUCUUCUUACAUGACCAGCCAGUGAUUUAAUUCCUGACCUUAUAUGUCCCCCUGAGACAUACGAUAUAUUAAAAAACAACAACACUGAAAGGAUCAUCAUGAAUACAGUAAAUACUUGAGAAUACAUGUUGUGAAAGCAAAGCCAAGAAUCACUAUGAGUAUGAGGCACCUAAAGGCAAUACUGAUAUAAAUAGAGAAUGUGGAUACAAAUGACCAUGUUUGUAAACAAUUAUGAAAAAUACUAUCACUUGACAUUUUCCCCACUUCUCUCAGGAAAGGAGCUAGGGGUUCAUCCUUUCUGUAAUCUCUUUUUAAAACCUUGCUAACUGUUGUUACAGGGCUUGUCUAAUCGCAGUGGCAAGAAUUACAGGACUUAGGGCCAUGCAGCUUGCAGCUAAGCAGCAGCAUGUUAGAAUUAACAGAGGACACUGCUGUGCUGACCUGGGUAAAGUCCAAAGAUGGAAGAGGGAGUGAGUUAUGUUGUUAAAAUCUCAGGCAGUUCUGUUAAUAUUUCAGCUAUAGUGAACCCAAAAGCCUCCCCCCCCCCCCACCCCCCACCCCCCUUUUGACUCCAUGUAUGUAUGAAUUUAUCUGGUGUGGGAUAAAAGUGGUUCAUUAACUUGUGCAACAUCGCCAUCUGCUGUUAAGUAUUGAUAGGAACUACUUUUGAGGACCUGGCAGCGGAAUCCUUGUCAUAAAGGCUGCAGAUGUAGAGAAAAUCUGUGAUAUUACAUUACUCGACGACAGAAGAUACAUCCAAGUGAAGAGAAUGACCAAAUUUGUGGGUUAAGAUUUCCUUAGAUGUUUAAAGGUGAAGUUUUGUACCGUUGGUCUAAUAAGAUAUGCUUUCAUAUUUCUGACUGGUGCCUUUCCUCUUUUUACAAGCAAUGAAAGCUACUUAGUUGGUUAUAGUACCCUGCUCUGACAAAAUGUCGAAGAAAAUAGAAUAGGCAAAUAUUUUAUUUUGCUGAUGUUUUUGUCCCCAAAUGUGAUUUAUGAAACUAAAAUUCUUUCAUGUCCUUUCCUUUUACUCAUGCCAAAACUACCAACGAGAACGUUUGUAUUUUUGGUUUAAAGUUCAUUGGUAUUACACCUUGGUGUUAUCAAAAAAGUAAAUUUAUUUGCCUUCGAUAAAUGGCUAGUGCAAGAGCAAAUUAGAUUUUAAAAUGAGGAUGUUAUCUGUUUUCUCCGUUUUGAACCUAUUUUUCAACAGGUUGUAUAAAAUAUAGAUGAGAGUGAUGUGGUUUAAGUAAGCUUUGUUACACCAUUGUCAUAAGCCAUUUUUCUGUUUGUUGAAUGGAAAGAAGCAUGUGGGAUUUAUACAGAUUCACUUGUGUUGGAUGGGGAUUUUUGUGUAAAUUUUCUCAAAUAAAGGCUAGCAGAAACCA